CGCAAACACGUGACGUCAUUCGACUCUCUCUUUCCAACGCAUUUUAAUCGGUCGCGAAACGAAAACCAUAUGAUUGUUUGUUGUUCGAGAGAAGGUGUGUUGUGUUGUGUGAAAAAUGACGUUCUGCGACGAAGAAAUUAAGUUUUUCAUGAAGGAAUCCACGUUUAUUUACUGUAUAACCUCGUUUACGUUCCUGGUGGUGGGAUUUUUUAUUCUCGUGCAGCGCGCCUUUUCCUUCUUCGAGAAAAAGGGUAUACCGAGAGGGGGUGUCCCAAGGGUCCCUUUCGGGAACGUGAAGGAUGUCAUCUAUCAAGAAUGCAACUUCAACAUACACCUGUGGAAGUACUACAACAGGUUCAAGAGAAAGAAGUUCCAUUUUGCUGGGCUGUACAUAUUAUUUAAGCCUUUUGUCAUGAUGAUGGACCCUUUUCUGAUUUACACUGUUUUAACCGAUAAAAAACACUUUCAGAGUCAAAAAGACAUCUCGAAACUAUUCAAGGACGAAAUACAAGAUCAACUUUUAGAGAAAUACGAUACUCUAGAGGAAAUCAUCUACAAAUCUUUGGUAGAAAAAAGUUACAACCUGGACUAUGAAAGUCUCGAUGCUUUUUUCGUGGAAACUUCUUCAGCAAUACUAGGUCUACCGAUAACGCAAAACAAAAAAUAUUCCAGCAAUCUCCUCCAUUAUUUUUCGUUGUGCCAUGAAAGCGUAUGGAAAAUAUUCACCCCAAAUUCAAGUUACAAUAAAAAUCUUAAAUCUCAGAUCGCGAACGAAAUUCUACGGAGAAAAAAGAACGACCUGCGCAAAUUUGAUCUAAUAAACUCAUUAUCCGAAAACAACACCUCAGACUUUGAGGAAAUUUUGGAUUUUUGUUUUGACAGCAUGGAGUACUCAAAAUCGAUCACCCAAUUUUGUUUGUACGAAUUGUGUCAAAACUCCGAUAUCCAGCAGGAAAUUAUUGGGGAAGUGCGAAGAUUUAGGAAAGAUGAGAGGAAAAUUACCAGGAAAAACCUUAAUCAGUUGGCGAUUUUAGAUGCCACAAUCAAAGAAUGCUUGAGGAAAUAUCCACCCAGAGCAACGAUAAUGAAAAAAUGCUGCGAAGAUUUUAAAAACGAAAAAUACAAAUUAAACAUCCCGCGACAUUGCAUGACUGUGAUAUCCGUAUACGGGGUUCAUCACGACCCCAUGAAUUUUCCAAAUCCCGAAGAAUUCGACCCUGAUAGAUUUUACGAGGAAAACGAUAAGUAUUUAAAGUCAUAUUCGUUUGUUCCAUUUGGUGAUGACGAAAAUACAGAAAUUUAUACCAAAUACAUCGUUCUGCAAGUGAAGUUAUGCUUAUUGACAAUUUUAUCAAGGUAUAAAGUGUAUUUAAAGAAUUCAUGUAAACUCGAAUUUGACUGUAGAAAAACCACAUUGAGUCCUAAAGAGCCUUUCGUAUUUAAUUUAGAAGUCUUAAAAUAAAAAAUAAAAAAAU